UUUGGUUUUCCAUUUAAUGUUAAUCAUCUGAUAUGAAAUGAAAUUGCUUCUGUUUUCUACUAAACAAAUAUGAGAGAUUAAUAUUUUUCAGUUUGAUCAAUCAAAAAAGAUGAUCCAGUCGUGGGAAAUCUAAUAUAAUCUAUGUAAUUAACGUAAGGAAAAUGCAUAAGCUAUAUUGGGAUGAGAAGAUGAGAAAAAGGGAGAGUCAGACAGAGAUAAUGAGAGAGAUAGAAACGAUUUCCUCAUAGAGAUCUCUCUUUUUAUCUUUAUCCCCUCUCUUCAUCUCUCUCACUCUUCAUAAUCAUCUUCACAAUUAAUAAUCUUCACUCUCUUCAGUUACCUCGUUUUGCUUAGUUGGCGACAUUUUCGUGAUUCUAAAAAUGGAAACCACCAGCAAAUUGCCUUGUGUUCAAUUCGAUACAUCAGAUGGACCAGAAGAAUCGGAAAUGGUUUUUCUAUCGAAGAAAAAAUUACUCGAAGUGGCUUCAACUCCAUUCUGGGUCAGAUUACGAGCUACAUUUUUCAUCUCUUUCUGGAUAAUCUGGUUUACCAUGUUAAUCUCUUCCAUGGUGAUAAUUGUUAAAACUCCUUAUUGUCCAAUCCCAUCUAAAAGUCUAACUGAUGGAAUUCAAGGAAAUUUGACUACUUUGUUAACCCAAACCGUAAAUACUACACUGGAUUCUCUUACAACUAUCCAGUAAAAUUGUGUCUCAAUCUUUUGGCCUCUUUGAUUGUAAGAAUCAGUCGAAAUCACAAUCAAUAAAUUAAUAAUUUCUACCAGGAAAAAAAGAGAGAAACAAAAUCAUUUCAACAACGUGUUAAAACAACAUCAAAAUAACAUUUUCGAAAGAGAAAGAAAAAAGAGAGAAAGUCCAAUUAGCUCCAUCAAUCCCCAGAAGGAUUUGUUCUAAAUCAACAAUUUAAGAAAUUAAUUAGUCAUAAAUUUCCCAUGACAAUUAAAUAAAACAACAAGAAAACAAAUGAUGACAAACAUUGACAAAAGGAUAAAAGAGUCACCUCUAAAAUCUGAUAGAAACAAAGAGAAACCCCGAAAGAAAGAGCAAAACACAAACACAGAGCUAAUUAACCCAAUUAAAGCAAAAACAAAACCCAAACCAAUCACAAUUAAAAAAAGAAAAGAACAAUAAAAACAAAAUCAAUUGAUUAUCAAAAAGUAGAAAGAAAAAAAUCUCAACAAGUCAACAAGAGAAAAAGGAAAAGUAAAAACAACAAGAUGAUCCGAACAGUUGAUGAGAAGAAUUGAACAGAGAACAAACUAAUACAAACUAACAUAAACUAAUGACGAAAUUUAAUCAAAAUUAAUUAUGUAAUUAAAAAGAAAAUUAAAAUAAAAGGUAAGAAAUUAAAUGUAAUCAUAAGAACCGCUUUUCUUUUGAAAGGCGAAUCGACUCUCCCCCCAUUCUGAGGGACCACUUAUUCAGUGAAAGAUGUUGAGGUGUUGCCCUUGGUUAAUAUACAGAAGAAAAUAAUUGUUUACUUUGAUUGCUACUCCUUACUAUUUAUUUAUUGGUGUCUAUCUAUUUUUAAUUAUCUUUUAAUCAUCACCAUCAUAAUUAUCACCGAGAAGACUGUUAACCAAUAUAAUUCAUCUUCACCUAAUUGAGAAUAACAAUUUGGAAUUUUAAAUUUAUUCUUUUUAACAAAUGAUUCAAUUGGAAAAAGGAGAAAGUUAAGAGACUCGCUCUCUUUUUUUUUCUUCCUCUUGUUUGUGUUGUUUUUUUUCUUCUACUCUUGUUACUUGUUAUCUAUUUUUCUCUUUCUUUCUCUGUCUUUUUCCUUUCUAAUUUUUUCUAAUUUUUUCUUUUUUUUUCUUAUUAUUAUUAUCAUUAUUUACUAUGAUUCUCUUUCUUCUUCUUGUUGUUCAGCUUCAGCUUCUUACUGUGUAAAUGUAUCUCUUUUUUUACUGGUCUUCUCUUCUCGAUGAUCAGGCUUAACUGAUUUUAUCUGAAGAAUAGAACAACAACAACAAAGAAUCUUCCAAAAUUCUGGUUGAUCUUUUUCCUUUUUUUAUUCGCCAUUGAAAAUUUUUUUUUUCCCUUCUCACCUUUUGGUUGACUAAAUUUUCUGGUACAGGAAAAUGCGGUUAAAUGAGGGCCACCUGAAGACACCGGUCACUAAAACUGGUACUACAACUACUGGUAGAAGCGAUCGUACUGACUCGGCAGAUGAAAGUGAUUCCUCAAUGGUUUCUUCUAAUAGUUCCUCGGGCAGUCAACAAAGUGAUCGUAGUUCAUCUGUUUGCUCAUCACGAAGUUGUAGUUCUAGUGGAGAUUCUUGUGAUAGCUCUUCCUCUUCACAUUUUAGUCGAUCCUCUCGUAGCUGUCGUAGUUGCUCCUCGUGUAGUCGUCGAUCACACAGUCGAAGUAACCGAAGUGUUUCCAGUUCAAGAAGUGUUAGUUCACGAAGUGGCUCAAGAAGCCAAAGUAGCAGUGGCUCAUCAUCUGGUUCUGGUUCAUACAGCUCGAGUGGGUCAGAUAGUGAUAGUAGUAGUAGCAGUUCCUCCUUAACAAAUAGGACACUUAGUUCGAGAGGGAGACGUUCACGGACAAGAACAAUUAAAAGGAGUUUAACCAUUGAUAAAAAUCUUUCUAUCAACUCGUUGCAUUUAAAUCCUCAAACGCCAAUCUCUCGACCUUCAUCUGUUUCUUGUGGAAGUUGUAGUCCAUCAGUUAGUGUUAUCAGCGGUGGUUUACCAAAUAAGAUUCGUGAUCCAGCCGAAGAGAGGCAGCGACUUCGUUCUUACCGAAUUCCUCAUCUACAAAAUCGUGAUACACCUUCUUCUUUAGUCAAUCAAAACUCUAUGACCGCACAAAAUUCUGGACAAAAGAUGACCCAUUCUAAUCCAUCUUCAUCAGUAACAACACUUAAAACAACAUCAAAUGGGCCCAAUUCACACAAUAGAACCAAGAAAACUCAACCAUCAACAGCAACCGUUGCAGUACAAGUUCAAACCGAUUGUGCUGAUCUUACAUUAGUACCAACGACGACGACGACGACAGCAACAACAACAACAUCAUCAUCAUCCUCUCAUGUUAAGAAAGCUAAUAGCAAGAAAACCAUUGAAAGUGUCGGUGUCGGUAUUGGUUGUGGUUCAGUAAUGAUGAUUGGUGAUAAAUUAAAAAGUGGACCUAAAAAUAAAGUGAAACUGAAAAAGAUGAAAAAAACUGGUACCAUUGUAAAUACGAGUAUUAAUUCAAUAUCAUUAGCUGAACUCAAUUCGAUUGAUAGUAAAAAAAUUUCCCGUUCAAUACCUGAUGAUGCAAUUUGUUCAAAUUUGCAUUUAAAUCUGAACGAAGCUUCAACCAGUCGAUCUCUUAACAAAUUAACCUCAACCGUUAAAAGUACCAAUAAUAGUAACAAUAAUAAUUCAAGUACGGAAAAGUUAACCUCCAAAUUACAAGAAAAAUGUAAAACAUUUAGUAGCCAAAAUUUUACCAAUCGUCGUUUAAAAAGUUCAACAAAAACUGAUAUUAAUACUACGAUAAAUUUACCGGCAGGUCCGGUGACAACAUCGACAUCAUCGGUGUCUCUUUUAAGGGAACUCACCUCUCCCGAUAGUGGGAUGCAAUCUCAGGGAGAAUCGCCAAACCAAAAUUCUGGAAUUAACCUUGAAACCGAUUUAAGUUCAACUUUUACAACGGUUAAACCGAAAUCAUCAAAAACCUAUCAAAGCAAAAAACAACAACAAUUACCCAUUAAUCCCCAAAUUGUUGAAAAUCCUGUUAAUCCACAGCUUGAUCAUCAAGUUAAUCUAAAUCAUCAAACGGUUACUACAACAUCAACACGAACUCGCCAAUCAACAUCAAAUCCAAUUGUAAAUAAUAUUAAUACCACGGGUGUUGUUGUUAAUGGUGAGGAUAAUAACAAUAAAAUAAUGCCAAUCAAGAUCAAGAUAAAAGUGAAAAAUACUCGAUCAAAAAAUAAAGUUGAUUCGAAGUAUCAAGUUGUACCUUCAACAAUGGAAAGUUCGAGUGUUACAACUUGUAAAUCAAGUACAGUUGAAAGUAAUAUCCAAACUAAAUUAAUAUCCAAGGAGGAAAAUUGUAAACACCAACAAUCAACAUCAUCAUCGUCAUUAACCAUCAUGAAAGUAAAAGAGUCAAUUGAACCAUCAAAUAUAACACAUACUCUUUCACCGGAUCCAAUUCCUAUUCCUCCGCUGCCACCACCACCACCACCACCACCGCCGGCACCACCAUCUCAAGCAGCUUUAUUAUCUCCUAUUAAAUCAUCGACUAGUGAGUUGAUCCAAUUAACGGAGAUGCUUUUGGACAUGUCUUCAUCUUCAUCAGCAUUUUCGACACUAUUUCCUUCAUCAACUUCAUCUUCCACCACUGCGAAUGUUGAAUCUAAAUUAACUCUACCAGAAUCCAGCAACUCGGCGGCUACGUUACCAACAAAGGCUCCUGUUGUCAUAACUUCAUCCACAUCUCAACGGAAAGAAGAUGAUCUUGAACUUUUAGUUCGAAGUAUUCGUGAUUCAAUAAAUAAUCAAUUCCAACCAGAAAAAGAAGAUGAAUUUGAGCUUAAUCAAUGUUUUAUUCCAAAAUCAGGUGAUGUUCCUGCAACAUCAUCAUCGACUCCUUCGAUAACUAAAACAUCAUCAACUAAAUCAACAACAAAAUCGACAUCCAAUCUAACUGUAUCUUCCUCAUCUAAAUUAUCCUCAUCUAAAACGGGUUCGUCUUCAUCUAAAUCAACAUUUGACUCAACGAUGAUAGCAACUUGUUCAUCUGAACCUUCAUCAACGGUAAUAUCAUUAACAACACCUUCGACCUCUGGUACAACAUCGAUCUCUCCUCGAGAAGGUUCAAUUGAGGGUAAAAUCAUUACACCCAAAUUUACCUUCAGCCAUUCGUCUAUUCACCGUUCAAAGAAUUCUCAUUCUCGCCGUCGAAAGAAACACAGAUCACUUUUUCUACCUGACAAGGAGAAACCGAUGGCAGCCGAUGCAAGUCACCUGAUCGCCAUCGAGAAUCUCACCUCAUUUUUUAGCUUCCUUAAGAUCUCAUCGAAAGAGAUGAAUUUAAACGAUUUCAAGAAUCGCCCGUGUCUCUUUAAAUGUAUGAAAUAUCUCUCUCACUAUCGGCGUAACAAUUAUCACUCAUCUAAACGGAACUUAUCAUCAGCGGCAUCAGCCAAUUCAUCUCAAGCCGUUGGCUCAAAUUCUGGGUCAAGAUCUGGCGGUGGUUCUAGUGAACGCGGUAACAGCGGUGGUAAAAAGGGUAAAAAGGGUAAAAAGAAAAGCAAAGAUCUCGAUGAAACCACCGGUGGGAAAAGAGGAUCUUCUCAAGCGACUCUGGGUGAAUCAAGUUCGGGAUCUAAAGUAGCUGAGCAGCGAUUACCUCUCAAGAAACGGCAUCAUCGUCACAUCGAGACAAAGAGUGAGAAACAAUCAGCUAAUCUCACUAAUCAGGGUAAUACCAAUGUAAAUACUAAUAAUGUUAAUAGUGCAAGUACCAAUGCAAUAUCAUCAUCCUCUUCAUCAACUGUAACUGAAGUUAAAUCAACUCUAAACAACAACCGUGGUGGAGGAGGUGAUGGUAAAUCACCAUCAGUAGUUGGUACAAAUAGCAAUAAUAAUAAUAAUAGUAACAGUAAUAAUCAUCAAAAUAGUAAUACAACUAACAGUAAUAAUCAAAGCACAUCACCUAAAUCCCGUCGAAAUGCAAAUCGAGUUACUCAAAAAUGUGAAAAUCGAUCUCGAGCAAAAUUAUCAUCAUCAUCAUCAUUAAAAUCAAUUGAUGAACGUAAAUCUUAUCCUCCAUCUUCUCGUCGUACAAGACAAAGCAAUGCAAAAAUCAAUGUUAAUAAUGUACAAAAUAAUAAUGAUAAUAUUAAUUGUGUAAAAAUUAACAAUCAACAAGCAUCAUCGAGUAAUGGUAAUGAUGGUGAUGAGGAUAAACCAAUGGUACCGAUCAACAAUACAACACAACUUGUAACCAAGGAAACAGGCAAUGAGCAGGAUUUUGAGGUUGAUCCAGAGAAAAGGACAAGAAAGGUAACUCAAAUUUGCCCCGGGCAUGAUGAUCUAGGUAAAAGUAGCACCACCACUAGUGAUGACUCCCCAACUAUAGGCCCACCUCUGGUAGGGAGACCAGAGGAAGGAGGAAAAACCAAUAUUAACAUUGGUGGGAUAUCAAGCAAAUCUUUUACUGUUGGAGGCCAUAAUGGUAAACUUAACUCAACCAUUCCUGUGACAUCUUUAUUGUCUUCAACCUCCUCUUCAUCUAAAUUGACUAAUUGUUUAACUACAGAAUCAUCAUCUAGUAAUUUAUUAUCUAAAUCUAUUGUUACCUCAUCAUCUUCACUAAUUGAUACAACAACAUCAUCACCAACAACAACAACAACAACAAUAACUGAACCAACGGAUAUCAUUUCUUUAUCAUCUUCUUCUUCCUCUUCCACCAUUGUUGUUGUUGCUCCUUCUUUAGAUUCAACAAUUCAGUCAACAAAUAAGUCACCUUUACAUGUUGAUUUAAAUUGUAACCCUGAAAGUGAUAAAGUAAUUAGCGGGAAUAUUAUUGUUGAUAAUAGUAAAGAAGCUCAAUUUGCUGUUGGCGUGGUUAGUGAUAAAGAAAACAUUAUCACAACGGAACCUCUUGAGAAAAAAUCAACACCAAUUAAUUAUAGUGAGCAAUGUGUUCUUACAAAAAAUGAUUACCAUGAGAAAUUGGUAUCUACACCAUCAUCAUCACCAUCUUUAUCAACAUCAACAACAACAACAACAACAACAACAACUUCAAUCAUCAACACUUCAUCUACAUCUACAUCGAUUGUUAAUUCUGGUGACAUGCAUAAAUCUGAGCGUAAAAGAGGCUCAAGUAAAUCAAUUAAACCAUCGACUUCCGCUGCCUCUAAUAAUCAACAGGAUAAAACCUGUAACUCAAUUAAACCAACUAAUGGAUCAAAAGAUGAUGUCUUGGAAAAAUCUAGUGUCCAUAACGAGGUGACCCUUUCCUUAGCCGCUAGUAGUGAGUUGAAUGGCGAUAAAGAUACAAAGGAAUUGGCUAUGAUUGGGGUUAAAGGUGCUAAUGUCAUCACCAUCGAGGCAAAGUCGACCGGUGAUCUAAAAAAGCCAAGAGUUGCCAAGAAAAGACGCCUUAUCAAUAGGACAGGAUUUGUUAAAACAAAGAAGAAAAAGAAAAAUAUCCCCAAGGUGAUUAGCCCGAUCGAUCCUGUUCCCACCCUUACCCUAAACUCUGAGAAAGCUGAUGAAAGUAUUAACCCAAACAAUGGUACAAGUGAUAAAAUGGUGACUGAACUGGUUAAUGAUUUAGAUUCGAAAAGUACCAAUAAUAAUAAUAGACUUAAUGGUGAGAUUCAAGGUGAAUCAUCUAAUUUUCUAUUGACACCGACACCAGAAGAAACCAAAUCUAAACCAAAUUCUAGUCUUAACACCAAUGAAUCUAAUGAAUUACCACCACCAGUUUCUAAACCAGCGAGAGGAAGGAAAAGACAUUUAAACACAAAUGGUUCUGAUGAGCAAAUUAUUCCGAGCAAAGUUGCUAAUUUGUCACCAUCAGCAUCACCUUUAACACCAUUGCGAACUUCCAGACAAAUGGCCUUGGCUCGAGAUAAAUUGGAAAUUAAAAAUGUUCCAGUUGCACCUAAGCGGGUUAGUGGUGGAAGGAAAAUAAACAAAAAAGAAAUGUCUAAAUCGAGCUCUUCUUCAAAGAAAUCCAUUGAAUCUUCAGGAGAUUCUCUUCCACCUCCACCACCACCUCCUCCUCUUUCAUCAUCAUCAUCUUCAUCUUCUCGGCGAUCACUUCGUGAGAGUAAAAGUCAACCACCAUCAUCAACAACAACACCGACGACCAAAUCAAGUGGCUCAUCUUCCGCAUCAUCAUCUUCCCCUUCAGUACAAAAUAAAGAUAAACAAGUUGAAAAUAAUACCCAACUUGUCGUGAUUGAAGUCACCCCACCUUCAUCAAAUUCAACUACUGGUGAAGGCGGUGGCAGUGGUAAAAAGAGAAAAUCAAAUCAACCAAAGACAAAAAAUCCUUCUUAUUUACCCCAGAGGAAAACACUUAAAGCGGGUUUAUUUUCCUCAGCAUUUAAAGCGGAAGCACCUGAAGGUAGUUUACAAACAGCGGCAAAUUUUACCGCCACCGAGUCAACCCAAUCAACUCAAUCUACUAUGUCAAGUGAGGAUCUGGAAACAGUUCCACCAAGUCCAAGUGGUUCUACCGGUGGUGGUGUCGGUGGCCCUUCAUCAUCUUCCGCUGAUGUAAUGAAAACAAUUCCCGAAGAUGAAGAGUUAGAUGCAAGAUAUUCAACUCUUUUACCUCCACCAUUAUAUGCCGGUCAAAAGGUUCGGCGAACUCGUUCUGAUUUUAAAUUACCCUACGACAUUUGGAUCCAAUCAACUAGAGGUCAAUUAAUUGGAUCUAAACUUAAUUCAUCUUGUAGUAGUAAUUAUAAAAAGAUCCGAUCAAAUGUAUUUGUUAAUGUAAAACCCGUUUCAGUGGAUGAAGAGCAAUCAUGUAAUUGUAAAAAGCCCGUUGAACCCACGGAAAAAGGUUGCCUAUCGGACUGUCUUAAUCGUUUGAUGUAUGUUGAAUGUUCACCCAAUCUCUGUCCCUGUGGUGAUCAAUGUGCCAACCAACGGAUGCAAAAACAUGACUGGUCUCCCGGCCUGGAGCGGUUUGAAACACCAGAUCGAGGUUGGGGUGUUCGAACCACUGAAUCAAUUCAAGCAAAUAAUUUUAUCCUCGAAUACAUUGGCGAGGUGGUUAACGAGAAAGAGUUUAGAUAUCGAAUGGUCGAAAGGUACAAUAAUGAUCCACAUCAUUAUUGUCUUAAUCUAGACGCUGGUUUGGUCAUUGAUGGUUAUCGAUUAGCAAAUGAAGGUCGAUACGUGAAUCACAGUUGCGAACCCAAUUGUGAGAUGCAAAAAUGGUCAGUCGGUGGUUAUUAUCGAGUCGGACUAUUUGCUCUGCGAAACAUUGAACCAGGAGAAGAAUUGACCUACGAUUAUAAUUUCGAUUGUUUCAAUCGAGAAACCCAACAAGUCUGUAGAUGUGGAUCAUCAAAGUGCCGUGGGGUAAUCGGAGGACGAACCCAGCGUAAUAAUGGUUCCCUUGCAAAGAAAGAGGAAAAGAAAGGUUUAUACGAGGGAAUUUGUAUAAUUAAAAAGUGUGCCGCCAACUCGACAAAUCGCCGAAAAGAUGGAAAUUUGUCCAAAAUUGGGAACAGUGGUACCGUCGAAGAGAUCGGUAAAUCCCGAAAUCGAGCCAACUUAAUGAAACCCUUAUCCUAUCAUUCGAGUUGUUACAUUUUAAAACAUAAAUUGUUUUUACUUCGAAAUUACGAGAAGCUUCGUCAUCUUCGAGCCAAAAGGAAUGCGAAAAAAUCAACAACAAACACCAAUGGUACCGAUAAAGAGGCCACGACAAUUUCAACAAAAUCGACAAAAGUUAAAUCGAUGAAGGAUAAAAGUGAUAUGGUUCUUGCGUUACUUUCAAUGAAUUCAACUCGAUCCGUUCGUACCCGAACAUUAACUAAAGAUGAUAAUUAGUUAUCAAUUUUAACUUCUAUUAAUUUGUUUUUACUUUUAUCGUAUACAUUUAAAAAUUAAUCAAUUACACAAAACAACAACAACAAAGUUAAUUUAUCAAUUUA